AAAUCUGUUCAGAAUUGAGCAAGUUAAGGUUGUCUCCUGUGGCAAGAUGGCCGCCGUAUGACGACGUCGCAGCAGCGCGGACCAUGGAUCUAUAAUAUUAACCCUCUAGUGACGCCGUCCUAAAGCCUAGAAUAUGGUUCCGCGUUAAAUCGACGCGUCGCCGCGUAACCUACGGCGUAGGGUCUGCGUUGGUGUAACGCGGAACCAUAAAUUAGCCUUACCUAGACAUUUCACUUCCGGCGAGAAAAUACGCCCCCUGUUGGAGAUUAACAUGAACUACACCAGUUAAAAAAAAAUCCACCGUUUUGUUACUUAUUCAUUUUAAUGACAUCCAAAAAUCACUCAAAUUGCAUUGACAUUGCUUGUAAUCGAUGAUUUCCCCUUCAUUGUCGACCUUUAUAAGAGUCCAAAUGAGAGAGAAUCCAACCAGAAGGACCGAGGAUGGUCAGGAACAUCACACCCAGGACGAAGACGCUCUCCUGCAGAGAAAUACACAGUUUAUUCCGGAACUGGGAAUGACGUCACAGCCGAGUUAUCAGCGUUCCAGUUACAAAGUAGGUGGUUUACCACGGAUAUAUGAUGCUCUUUGUUGACCACAUGUUCUGGAGAAAUUAACCCGACGAGACUUCAACAAUCCCACAAAAAGGUCAUCGUACCUUCUUUUUAUCACUGUGUAAAAGCUUGAAAGCGCUCUGAAUCUGUGUGAUGGCUGAAGGUCUGGCGCCCGGCUCUUCUGAGGACGAUCAGCCUCUGCAGUGGAAACCUUCCAACCGAUGGAGCAGGAAGUCUGGAUACUCCAACAUCUUCUCGGGAAUGAACAUGCAUCAGCUGCAGAGACUGUUCAGAGGUGCGGGGGACAGAAAUGCUGAAAAUCGGGCGAAGCUGGUGUGGCAGGAUAUGGAUACAGGUGUGGAAAAAACCGAAGAGGAAAAGAGGCAAGAGGAGGAGAGAGAGGAUGAAGCAGGGCUGGCCCAGGCCUUGGUGGGACUGAGAGUCCGAGCAAGGAGUAAGACAGGAAUCAGAGUGGAUGGACACAGAGACCAUAAGGGUUUCAGAGCUUCAGGACAUCUCAGGGCCGAGGAGCCAUUAUCCGACUACACUGCUGAGAAUGACGAGUCCAAUCUCACACCGAGUCUGGAAGAAUCUCACCUGUCCAAUGAGGAAAACAAAGAAAGAAAAGAAGAAGAAAAUCAAAGUCCCUUCAAACCGUGGAGGUUGGGCAUGAGGCUGGAUGGUGCCAUAGACUCUGAACGCUACCUUCAUCGCAUCCUGCACUGAUGAAAAGUACACACCCACACGCGUGGACAAUGUGAAGAAUGUGAAUACUUGAAACAUAAGGACAUGCUGUUUUGGUACUGUUUGCAGCUUCUGCCAUCACCUGAGCAGACACUAGUGCUCGUGCUGUUUGUGUAGGGGUAGGAAAUCACUUAGGUUUUUAGUAAAUCUGUUUGAAUGUGUUAGAAUUAUACAAUAGAAAGACACAACCAAAUCAAACUAGUUGUGUUUAACAGUGACUGACCUGAGACACGGAAAUUCAAGUGAUCAUGACUUGACUGUUGUAAUCCAGUGUCAACGAAUUGAGUGUGGUACUAAACUGAUCAUUAUACAACAUUUUUAAGCAUUUAAAUUAAAGUUUUAAGAGUAUUUCAAACUUGAUGUUUUUAUUUGUGUGUGCUUUACCUUCUGGUGAAUGUAAAUCCAAUAUUUCUGUGUACGAACCCACAAAACAAGAAAUCAUAGGUGACAUCAUCUACACUGUAUGAACUUUCAAGACUGGGUGCCGCAUGUUGUCUCAGAACACAAUAACAUCUUUCACGGAUUAGAAAGUGAUAUUUUUGACCAAAGUAUGUUGCAGGCAUUUCAUUAAGAGUUCAGGAGCACAGCUGUCAGCUGGUGAACAAAGGGCACAAUAAAAACAGCUGAACAUGAGUCUGUCAA